ACUGAAAAUGUUUUGUAAACAGCUGCCGCCCAAAUGGUCGCUAGAUGGCGUCAUGCGCCAUUCGCUUGUUGGCAUUGCCAGCUGCAAGUAAACGCCAUAUUUGAUUCCUGUUCGUUGCUUUGGUGUUUGUUAAAGAAAGCGAAUUUUCAUGCAAACUGCGUUUAUAAUUAGAUGCUAAGGCAUAUUUUGACUGAAAUCGUGCACGAAAAGAAAAUGCUUUGAGAGUUAAGUGCGAAUGAGCCGAGUGUGUGUUUCAAAACGUGUGUUGUAACGCAUAACAGUAGCAACAACAACAACAAUAAUAAGCCAAGGCCCACAAAGCGUGCAGCGUGCCACACCAUGGAAGGCUACAUAGUGCACAGCAACAGCGACGACAUGGAAAUGAAGCCAGUCUACUCAGAUUUGCAGGUGGUACAAGUGCCGCAUGACGACGUGAGCAAUCUGGUGCUGCAGGAGGAUCAGCAGCUAGUGUUCAGUGAUCAGCAGCAAGUGGUUUAUCAGACAACGGCACCAGCGCAGUAUCAGCCACAACAGCAAACGGCAACAGCGAGCCAUUAUAUUAUAAACGCUGACUUGCAGCAGCAGCAGCAACAGCAGCAACAGCAACAGGAAGUGCAACAGCAGCAGCAGCAACAGCAGGUGGUUAUGCAUCAUCAGCAGGUGCACUAUCAGCAACAACAGCAACAGGAGGCACAGCAGCAACAGCAGUUGCGUCUCGAGCAACAGCAGCAACAAUAUGUGCAACAGCAGCAACAACAACAGCCCGCCAUUCAGCACACGCAGCAAAUCUAUUACACAUCGGAUCAAGUGCUGCAGCCCAGCACAAUUGUGCAGCACGCUUCCAUGCAGCAAUUGCAACAGCAGCAACAAAAGAAACAGCAGCAGCAAGUCCUACAGCAACAACAACACCAGCAACAGUAUCAACCUCAGCAACAACAUACCGCCUAUCAACAGCAACCAACCCCCAUGGUGCAGGGCAGUCCCCAACAGCAGCAGCAGCUGCUGCAAAGUCCACAGCAUCCGCAACAAACGUUGCAACUGCAAACAUCACCCGCACAACAACAGCAUCCCCAAAUUGUCUAUCGCAUGACGACAACUCAACAGCAACAGCGCCAAAUAAGCAUGCUAAACAAUACACACGUGAUUGUGCAGCAGCCGACGGGACAGCAGGUCUUGAUUCAAGCUCCACAGCAUCAGGAACUGAUAAUGCGACAGGCGACGGCGAUACCGCAACAGGGAAUCAAUAUACAUGCGUACAACAAUCGGGUCGUGUACACCACCUCGCCACAGCAGCAGCAGCAACAGCAGCACGUGCUGCAACAACACGUGCAGCAGCAGCAGCAACAACAACUACAUCUCCAGGCACAAACACAUCUGGUGCAGACGCGUGUGGUGCCACAGCCGACCGGCAACGUUGUCUAUCAGCAAGUGCAAUUGCAUAAGACACCAUUACAACCGCAACAGCAGCAGCAACAACAGCAGCAGCAACAACAACAGCCGCAGCAGCAGCAGCCACAAGGUCAACAAGUACAGGUGCAACCGCAACCACAAUUGGUCACAGCCACCGGCACACAACUAGUGCGUGCCCCGUUUCGCGGCAAGGCUACGCGUGGCGGUGCCGUCAUUGCUCGACAACCAGCCGUGACUGUGAUUGCAACACGACCAGCCCUGACGCCCACCAUUGUGCGGCACAUGCGACCGCGUGGCGGCGGCGUCCAGACUGUGGCAGGUAACCUGGUGCGUGCGAUGCGUCAGCCGGGCGUGCGGCCCACACGCGCCCAGACCCUGGUGCAGACUAGUGCAGCCGGCGAGGUCGGUCAGACCAUGCAGAUUGUGACCCAAACACAGAUGACCAAGCAGAUAACGAUAACGAAUAUUGGACAGCAGACGGCACCGGGUCAGCAACUGCAGCCGCGUCAUGUCUAUCGUCAUGUCGUCAGCGAUGCGAGCGGUAAUCCUCAGCAGCAGCAACAACAGCCGCAACCACAACAACAGAUGGUAUUGAUGCGUCAACCCGUGCGCUAUCGUCCCGCUCCGGCGCCAACAGCAGGAGCUGCGCCAGCACCGAAUGCCACCACCAUGGGACUAGAUCUCGAGGAGAGCAUCCAGGCUGUGGUGGUGAAGAAACAGGAGCAACAGCAACAGAAGCCAGCUGGUGGCAUUGUGCCCAUGCAGCUGCCACCGGCUGGCAGCACCACGCUCACAACCUACUACCAGCCCAGUACGGUGGCAAACAACAGCAGCAGCGAGGAGGAGCAGCAGCAACAACAACAACAGCAGCCACAACAACAACCACAGCAGCAGCAACAGCAGCCACCAGGAUUGCGUACAGCGAGCGGUGCCAGCAUGUCCCUGGCGGAAUACAAGAAACGGCAGACGAUAGUCAGUUCCCCGGCGCCACCACCAACAGGCCCGGCUGGAUUGACACCCAUGCGGCAGGCGACGCCAGGCACUCUAGUGCGAACGGGGCCCAAGCUGACGCAAGCCUUGCCACAGGCACCUCAGCAGCAACUGCAGCAGCAGCAACAACAACAUCAACAACAGCAGCAGGAGCAACAAGCCAAUUCAGCUGGUGCUGCAGCUGCCACUCGCAUUUUACAACCACAGCAACGUGUGCUAACCGCAGCAGUUGCCGCAGCACCACCGCCACAGCUGUCAUCGGUGCAGCAAACAUCGCACAACAACUACGAGAUUCAUUCGCAGCAUGUGCUCAACAAUCGUGCUGGUCAACCAAUUGCGGAUAGGGAUCGAAACAGUGCCAAAAUGUUGGUCAUACUCGCCUCGGGGGAGCAGCGUCUGAUUACGUUCACCUUGCCACGGGAGUCGUGCACAGUACAGGAUCUGCUGGAGCAGGUAUCUGUUCCCUUCGACAACACAACCACCAUUCAGUGUGUAGAGCAUCGUGCAGCCAAUGUUGACUUUAUCGUCACCGUCGGCUUCUCCGUCAACGAAUCGGCCAGCGAGCUCAUCUCAAGAGCAGAAGAGAGUCUGCAAAUGAAUCGACAGCAGGAGAAUGCCGCAGCAGCGGCGGCAGCAGCAGCCGCAGCAGCAGCAGCUACAACAACAGCAGCACCAACAACGGCAACAACGCCAGCCUUUAACAACAACGGCCAGCAAUUGGCUACUGCUGGCGCCGCAGCAGCUGCGGAUCAGGUUAAGCGAGAUGCCGCUGGAACCGCUGGAGUGGUCACCAACGCAUCAUCCGCCGCCGGCGCAGUGAUUGCGCCCACGGAUGGACCCAAAUUGAUUGACGGCUUUUUUGCCGUUUGCCAGCUGUGCGGCUUCACGGGCAUGGAUCAUGCCAAAUGCCAGCGUUGCAAGCGUGUCUUCCAGGAGCCGCCCAAACGCAAAUCCUACGUUACCAAGUCGAAUACCUCAGCAGCAUCCCUAGCCGGCGCGGGCUCGUUAUCUGGCGAGCCGGCAACAGCGGCGGACAAAAAACGUGAAUUGGCACGUCUCAAACAGGUGGGUGUCGGUGGUGCCACCUAUGCACCAGGCACCAGCAAUGUGCGGGGCAGGGGCAUGGCCAUUAGAGGUGGACGUACGCGCAGCGGACGACGCGUAGCGGAAGCAGAUCCUGUCGUCCUGCUCAGCAGUGAGGAUGAAGCCGAACAGGAUGAGGCUAAAGGCGAUGCCAACAAUCUCACUGCCAACAAUAUUAAUCGGAAUUCGAAUGGAAACGCUAAUCAACUACCAACUGCAUUUGCCUGUGAUCCGACGCUGCCCGAGGUGGAUGAGGAAGCGCUUUAUAAAGACUUUGUGCGUGGAGAUGUUAUGGAUCUAUCCGAUUUGACGGAUGGCGAAUCAUUUACCACCGAGCUGCCUUGCAAAUGUAUGCGCCUGAUGCCAUAUCGCUUUCAGAUUACAGAACCGGUCGCCUUCACGUCGAAGGGCGUGCGCAUAAUGGGCCUACUGCAGGAUAAGGAGGAGAAGUUCGUGCUUCAUAUUUAUAAGCGAGAAGUGAUCAAGGUGGUUGCACACUUUGCCAGCUACGAGCAGGCGCAGCCCCUCGUCACUCUCUACAUGCUGAAGACCUGCGCUCAAUAUGUGAAGACGCAACUCCAGCUGCCCGACGAUAGCCCCAAUGAACAAUUUGGCUUCAAGCAGGGCAGCUUUUAUGAGCGCCGUCUAAUUUUGCUCUUUGAUUCGAUCAAUUUUUCGGCACGCGAAACACUCAAGUCGAUGUUUAGUUUUAUGGAUGAGAUUUCGUCUCGUGAUGCGGCGGAAAUCUUUGAGCGUAUUGCGGACUCAGAUCGCAAGGCGUUAGACAAACCAACACAGUUGGCGCCGCGUCAACUGCGCUCCGAUGAGCAGGUCAGUCUGCUGAUGUAUCCGCCCAAGGGCACCGGCGGACUGUGCAUACGCAUGGAGGACUAUGUGUGCCUGACCAAGGAGUCGUAUCUAAAUGAUAUUAUCAUUGAUUUCUAUCUGCUCUGGCUGCGCAACACUCUCAUCCCGGAGGCGUUGCGUGAACGCACUCACAUUUUCAGCACCUUCUUUUACAAACGCCUCACGACUUUGACGCGUCCAACGGAUGUGAAGCAAACGGCGGCGCAAAAGCGUCAUGCACGCGUCCAAAAGUGGACGAAACUGGUGGACAUCUUUGACAAGGAUUUCAUCAUUGUGCCGAUUAACGAGCAAUCGCAUUGGUUCCUUGCCAUCAUUUGUUUCCCCUGCCUCAAGGGACCCGUCACUUUUGACACGAAUCAGCCCGUGGAGCCGCAACAGCUGAAACGGCCACGCGGCAAGAAGGUUGCCCUCCAGAUUGGUAGCACAACCAUUACGCCGUUGUCAAAGCGCGAAACUGUCACACUUCCCGCCAUGGCCAGCGAAAUUUGCCGGAUUGGCGAUGACGAGAGCGAACGAGAUGAAGCCGAGGGCGAUGAUAGUGAUAUGGCUAGCGAGGCUAGCGAGAACUCGAAUCCACCACCAACAGCUACCAGCAAGGAUGCGACUCCAACGCCAGCUGCAGGUGGAGCUACAUCAGCUGCAGCAACACCAAUACCAAGCACAACCACAACAGCAUCGUCUUCGGGCCCAGCUCGAGUAUCCAGCGAGGAUAUGCCUGCUGUGAAGCAGCCGCUGAUCUUAAUCUUUGAUUCACUGGCGGGCGCCUCACGCAGUCGUGUGGUGGCAACGCUGCGAGAUUAUCUCACGUGCGAGUACAAGAUUAAGAAACCGGAUGCGCAGGUGCACAUCUUCAACAAGGAUAAUAUGCCGGGUCAUGGCGUCAAGGUGCCGCAACAGAACAACUUCACCGACUGUGGCCUGUAUCUGCUACAGUAUGUGGAGCAUUUCUUCAAGGAUCCCAUCAAGGAUUACCGCCUGCCCAUCAAGCAGCUGACCAAUUGGUUCGAUUACCUCACCGUCACCAAGAAGCGCGAGGAUAUUGCCCAGCUGAUACAGCAGCUGAUGGACGAGAACAACACACAGCAGCCACGUCAAAUAUUGCCUGUCAUUGAGUUUCCCACGCUCAAUGGCCAGCUUGUUGAGUAUCCCGAGGAGACGGAGAGCGCCGAGUUCGAGGAGGAGGAGGGACACGACGAUGAGGAGCACACAAGCGAUGUGCACGAGGAGAGCACAGCCACCGAAAUGGAAGUCGAUCCCACGGCCGAGGAACUGCAGCAGUCACAAGCGACCAAGACGACGGCCGGGCAACACAUUGUGGCAGCAACUUCAACAACAGCAACAGCAGCAACAACGACAGCAACCAACUCACCUGUGAUGACGAGCCCAAAUGCACGUCGAUUUGUUUUGAAGCGUCGCCUGCAUAACGGCGUCGCCUCCUCCAGUCCAAACAACAACAAUAACAAUGGCGCCAAUGGCGGCGACAACAACACCACCUCAACCACCACCAGCAAUCCGCUGAUGCCUCAGCUGGUCAGCUCCUCCUCAGCCCUUAGCAAUAUCAGCUCCUCCGCCUCACCCGCAACACUCAUCACUAGUCGGGUGGCCAGUGUCGGUGCCGGGCUUAAGAUUCGCAAGAUCGAACCAUAGCAUACGGAAUCCGGCACUCUAGUGGAGAUGCCUCCGCUGCAGAUGCUCCAAAUGUUGCGCCCAUUGUAAAUAACAAUAAUAAAAAUUUAAAAAAAACUGGUACACAAUAAACUAAGAACAAACAUUUCGUAAAUUAAUAUUAAUUUUAAAUAAAACUCGUCAAAUACACUGAACAAUAGAGUUGUUGAAA